UCACUCAAGCACCCUCCCGGAGACGGUGCGAGGUGGGAGGAGAGCUGGAGAGACUCCGGAGGCGAUUGACGGACGGGUGAAGGCCAUGCCGCCCCCUGGGAAAGUUCCCCGAAAGGAGAACCUGGGGCUACAGUGUGAGUGGGGGUCCUGCUCCUUUGUGUGCUCGGCCAUGGAGGAGUUCUGUGAGCACGUCACCCAGCACCUGCAGCAGCACCUGCAGGGCUCCGGGGAGGAAGAGGAGGAGGAGGAGGAGGACCCGCUGGAGGAAGAAUUCUCCUGCUUGUGGCAGGAGUGUGGCUUUUGUUCUCUGGACAAUUCUGCUGAUCUCGUCCGCCAUGUCUACUUCCACUGCUACCACACCAAGCUGAAACAGUGGGGACUGCAGGCCCUGCAGAGCCAGGCCGACCUCAGCCCCUGCGUCCUGGACUUCCAGAGCCGUAACCUCAUCCCUGACAUCCCUGACCACUUCCUGUGUCUGUGGGAGCACUGUGAGAGCUCCUUCGACAAUCCCGAGUGGUUCUAUCGGCACGUGGAAGCACACAGCCUGUGCUGUGAAUACCAAGCGGUCGGCAAGGACAACCACAUGGUGCUUUGUGGCUGGAAAGGCUGUACCUGCACCUUCAAGGACCGUUUUAAGCUUCGAGAGCACCUCCGCAGCCAUACCCAGGAGAAGGUGGUGGCCUGCCCCACCUGUGGGGGCAUGUUUGCCAACAACACCAAGUUCUUAGAUCACAUCCGUCGGCAGACCUCAUUGGAUCAGCAGCACUUCCAGUGCUCUCACUGUUCCAAGAGAUUUGCCACGGAGCGGCUGCUGCGGGACCACAUGCGUAACCACGUGAAUCACUACAAGUGCCCUCUGUGUGACAUGACCUGCCCGCUCCCAUCCUCCCUCCGAAACCACAUGCGCUUUCGCCACAGCGAGGACCGGCCCUUUAAAUGUGACUAUUGCGACUAUAGCUGCAAGAAUCUGAUCGACCUCCGGAAGCACCUGGAUACCCACAGCAAGGAGCCAGCCUACAGGUGUGAUUUCGAGAGCUGCACCUUCAGUGCCCGGUCACUCUGCUCUAUCAAGUCCCAUUACCGAAAAGUGCAUGAAGGAGACUCAGAGCCAAGGUACAGAUGCCACGUGUGUGACAAAUGCUUCACGAGGGGUAACAACCUCACUGUGCACCUUCGCAAGAAACACCAGUUCAAGUGGCCCUCAGGGCACCCCCGUUUUCGGUACAAGGAGCAUGAAGAUGGCUACAUGCGGCUGCAGCUGGUUCGCUAUGAGAGUGUAGAGCUGACACAGCAACUGCUGCGGCAGCCACCAGAGGGAUCAGGCCUGGGAGCGUCACUGAAUGAGAGCAGCCUGCAGGGCAUCAUUCUAGAAACAGUGCCAGGGGAGCCAGGACCCCAGGAAGAGGCUGAAGAGGAAGAGGAAGGCGGGGGCUGUGAGGGGACAGCCCUCUCGGCCUCUCAGGACACUUCUAGCCCUGUCAUCCAUGUGGUGAAUCAGACCACCGCCCAAGGCGAGCGAGAGGUUGUCUACUAUGUGCUGUCCGAAGCUCCGGGAGAGCCCCCCCCAACAGCUGAGCCCCCCUCUGGGGGUGUUGUGGGAGAGCUUCAGGGAGUAGCUGAGGAGUCAGAAGUCCAGAUGGUGUGAAGGCUGCAGACCCUGACCAUGGCUACCCCCAAGCCCAGGGGUUUGAGCCGGACUGGUGGCAGUGCCCCUAGUGGACAGCCCUUGCCAAUGGAUGCCUUUAGAAGUGAUGCUGAGAGCAGUGUGGUCCACUGUGGACCGAGCUUGCAUCAUUCAGCAGAGUGGGGGACUUCCCUUUUCUGCCAGGCCACGUUUCGUGGGGAUCCUGAGGAGUUUGGUUUCUUUGAGGGGAGCACCCUGGUUGUGUGUUUUCUUGUAGAGGGGGCUAGUGUCAGGCUUAACCCUAACCCCUGAGACAUGCUGGAACACUGAUUAAAAUCCAUAGUCAACUCACAUCCAUUCCUAUCUUUACGGGUCCUUAGGCCCAGGGAUGACAUGUAACUGGUCCCUACAAGGGCCCUCUCCUCACAGCCAGCCAAGGCACUUCCCUCUAAAUGGCUCCUCCUGCACCCCAAGGACUUGCACGGUUAUCCUCAGGGAUGGGAUUGGAGGCACUGAGUAUGUGCAUAACAAUUGUUUUUGAUAAUAAAAGAAACGCUUGGGCC